UAAUUAUUCAGAAUUUGGUGGUUAAUAUGGAUAUUGAACAGAAUUUUUCAUGUGGUAUAUUACAUUUAUAUUCCAAGUUGAAGUCCUUGUCUGCCUUUGUGCCACUGCAUUUGGAUGCCCUACUUUUCAAGUGACCUCUACCUCUUAUUGCCUGUGCCCUUUAAUGAUGACCGAUCUGUUUCUUGCCUUCAAGCUUAGUUAUUUAUUUUUAUUUAAAUAAUUAAGCCUUAUGUAGAUGGGUAAAAGGUGUGACUGGUGAUGAGCUGACAUAAGAAACACGUUAAUGAAUGGAAAGAGAAAGCAUGGGAGGAAGAAGUGCCAUCAAUAGAGCUGAAGGAUUCAGUCUGAGGAAGCAAGGCUGCAGUGAAGCAAAUGGCAUUCUUUUCCAUGUAAUAUAUCUCUGAAAGGAUGCAGUGAGUUGAGGUUAGAAACCAUCUAUUCAUGCAAAAACCUUGGGAUGGCUGUAGAGCGAGCCUUUAAUUCCUUUAAUGCACUAGCUAAGUCCUUAAAUUCUUCAUUAUGAAUCUAUCGCUGCCUUACCUUCUUUUGGGGUACUAAUUUAUGAUUGCACAAGAAUUGGAGUGCAUAUGAUGCAGACCUCAAAAAAUGGGCUGAAUAUCAGCAAAGAGACUUGAUGUAGGAGAAACAUGGAGACAGAAUGAAUGAGGGUGUUUUGUACCCCCUUAUUUUCUCCCUCUCAAUAUCUAAGCAUAGUUUUCAGUUCUUCACAGUCUGUCAUUUCAGAGCAAUGUAUCAGAUCACUCCAAAUGUCAUUUGGUGUCUUUGCACACCUAUGACAGUGGUAUUUGUUAAACAGCAUGGUCACAGUUUGACAGCUGGUGUCAAAAUACAGCCAAGUAGUUUGUUGUGUGAUGAGUGCACAUGACGUUCCCAGUAGCUGUUUUUAUACCAACAUCUCUCUGUCUUCCAAAGAUUUCUCUUCUUCCUUUUGACACUGGUCUUUCCUUUCUUGUGCUUAUUUUCCCUUCCUCCUUAUAAAGCUGCUACAGGAAAAUUUAUUAAUGUGAUUGUGAAAGCUAAAGAAAGGUAGCAACUGAUUGUGCAUUGUACAUAGGACUCUGGUUGAAGAUGACAGCUCUGAGUAGGUGACCUUGAGGUAGAAGAAUGUUGACAUACCAGAGUCUUUUGUAUUCAUGCAGUAAGGCAGUGAGAAGAGGGGCAACCUCUUGGGGCAGUGACACCCAGUUCUGAAACACCACAUGAUGCUCUUAAAAGAGCAUGAGAACCUGCCAGGGAAAAGUAGUAGUUCUUUACAAACAGUCUGAGAAAUUCUGUAGUACACAUGAAAGUGGUAACAUUACAGCUGAUGACUGCAUUCAGACCUCUUAGAAUUGAAGGUAACAUUAAGUGCGUACUUCAAUAUGACCUACAAAGUUACAUCCAACCCUUGAUUUUUUUUUUGGUAACCAUUUCUACCAGUGAACAUAUAUAGCAAAUGUGUGUAGAUAUGGAGAAAUCUAGUUACUGCAGGGUGCUUCAUUGUAUAGAUGAUGUUAGUUCUCCUUCCCUUUUUGUACUAUACCGGCUUAGUAAUGCUAUUGUCAAUGCUGCCUUGAAACAUCCUUCAGGGAAAGUAAGUUAUGGUAUCAUAAUGGAAAACUUAUCUAGGAUUCCUUGUGUUUCUUACGGUAACAGAAUCCAUUCAAAAUCAUUUGUCUUCCUUUUUCCAGUUCCUUCUUUGUGUCAUAUUGCCUACUUCCUAUUUGUGGUUUCUGUAGGACUGGGAGAGUAAUAAUAAUGACAACAUACUGAUCAGAUGUUUGGCUUUGUAAACUCUGAAGCAAAGUUCCUUCCUGUUAACCAAAUGAGAAUGCUGGUGGUGUUCCUCCAUACAAGCUCUCGCUUGGGCAAUGUUCUCUAAAACCAGUGAAGCUGAGUAGGUUUGAAUUCAGGGCAGAGUUUGGCCUUGAAGCAUUUACUGAAGUUAUGAACCUUGAAGUUUUGGCCUUUUGGAUUUUCAAAAGGCUGCUGGUGUCAGGAGUAUAGGCUUACAGCUCUUGCAGAGCUCUUUGGCAUGUGCUGUUUCUGUCCAUACUGUGGCUGUUGGGGUCCUUGCUGCAUUCAUGAAAAGUGCAGUUAAUAAUCUGGCUGAUGGCUGAGGCAUGGCCACGUGCAGGUUCGGUCUGGGCUGCACAAAGGAUCUGCUGAACUGGUGCUAAGGUUUAUUUGCCUGGGCCCAACCCUUCCGCUUUGGGAGUGAUCUGAAACUUCACCUCAGUUUUCUACUGGGGGUAUGCAUGUAAACAAGGUUUGUAGGUGAGUCUUGGCUUUGGUGAAAGUUUGGAAUUGGUUGAAUAAUUCAAAAAAUAAUACAAACAGAUUCUAAUUGAAAAACAGCGCUGAGGUGCUGAGAUUUUCUUUUUAAAGAUAAGCAAUCUGGCCAACUUCUUUGAGAAGGUCCACUUAGUACACUGCCCAUAACCAUUUUGAUGUAGUUGCUCAAAAAAACCUAAGACAUUGUAAGAGUUUUUUUUGAGCUGUGUGCUGCUAAUAAAGAGGGAUGUGCUACUAAAUAAAGUCUUCAAAUCCUUGUCUCUAAGGAGUUUUAACAAAGUUACUUAGGAAUAAAAUAGUAAAGUCCUUGGGAAUUACCAUUACUAACAGAAAAGAGUCUUAGAGAUUUUUUGUUGUUUUAAAAGCAUUACCACACAUAUAUCUGCAUGCUAAAAUCUGCUUUCAAUCAAAAUGUUUUUUUUUUUUUUAAUAAACCAGGCUUCUCUGAAUUAUCUGCAAAAGUAAUUGAUUUUUUAGAAUUAAAUUGUUUUCAAUGAAUGAAUGAUGUGAAUGGUGGAAGUUGGAAUAGUUUUCUAUAACAAAAAAGCUUUGAAUAAAGUUAUUAAUGCUUUUAGCUGAAGUAAACUGUAGAAUAGCAUUAAUGAACUCUCAGUGCUAUAACCUUUGACUUCAAAUUAACAUUUUUAUGUUAUCCAAAACUUUUUAAAGUAGUUGAAGUUCAUGUAAUUUGUUUCCAGCAAGGCUGAUAAGAACAUAUCUAAAAAUACUUAAAAUAUUGUAGAUUGCCAGGGGAUCAAAUAUUAUCUUUUUCAAGGUGACCUUGCAUUUAUUUUUCUGGGGAGCCCCCUGCACUUGCAUUUAUUUUUCUGAGGACGCCUUCCCACCCACAAAGCUUAUAGUGAUUUACAGCUUUAAUAUGAAGGAAAUCAACCGAAUUGUUAACAUUAACGUUAAUUUUAAUAGGAUAAAAACUUUGUUUUACUUCCCUGUAACCCCAAACAUACCCCCAACUUUUAACCUAAAGCCAGUAGUCUAGGCUAAGUCUCCAGACCUACGGCUUUCUGAAAAACACAACCCCGCCAAAAAAAAAAAGGAGCCGAAGUUUUUAAAGGGCCUGGCUUUAAACGCGGAGCGAGGAUCGGGCUGGGGCUGGAGACUCAUCAUGCCAGGGCGGCGGUGCGUGUGCCCGGGCGCCGGUCUGCGGCGUUGUGUCCCGGCGGAGCUGCGCGGCCGUGCCGUGCCGUGGCGGGCCCGGCGGUGCGGUGCCGGUGGCGGUGCGGGCGCGGAGCGGAGCCGAGCGGAGCCGCGCUCUCCUCCCGCUCGCUUUCUCUUUCCCCCUCUCUCGCUCGCUCCCUCUCCCGCUCGCUCUCCCCCCUCCCUCCCUCGCUCUCUCGCUCUCCCUCUCUCUCUCCUACACUGCCAGCCCCUGAUGUGAUGGCGAAGAAACCCCGUUGACAAGGCACUGCUUUUUCAUGACGUUCCUCCGAAUCGCUCCGUGCCUCCUGCUUUUAACCGAGGAAUGGAAACGGUGCCGCUUUUUGCGGGUGCGCGAAAUGCUCGGGCGUUGUCAUGGAUGAUGACGAUGAUGAAUCCUGUCUCCUUGAUCUUAUUGGGGACCCACAAGCGCUGAAUUAUUUUCUACAUGGACCUAGUAGUAAAUCUAGCAAUGAAGACUUGACUAAUGCAGAAUAUUCUGUAGCCAACUCAAAUUCAAUUUUUGCCAACUCCAAUAACACUGAUCCUAAGUCGUCUGUAAAAGGUGUAAGUGGUCAGCUUGGAGAGGGGCCUAGUGAUGGACUGCAGCUGUCCAGUAGCCUUCAGUUUCUUGAAGAUGAACUUGUGUCUUCUCCUUUACCUGAUCUUACUGAGGAUCAGCCUUUUGAUAUUCUUCAGAAGUCCUUACAGGAGGCCAAUAUUACUGAACAGACUUUGGCGGAAGAGGCAUAUUUGGAUGCCAGUGUAGGUUCUAGCCAACAGUUUGCACAAGCUCAGCUUCAUCCUUCUUCAUCAGCAUCCUUUACUCAGGCUUCUAAUGUUUCUAAUUACUCAGGUCAGACGUUGCAACCUAUAGGAGUUACUCAAGUGGUACAGCAACCUGUUGGAGCAUCUUUUGCAAGCAAUACAGUUGGUGUGCAACAUGGCUUUAUGCAACAUGUCGGAAUUAGUGUUCCUGGCCAGCAUUUGUCUAAUAGCAGCCAGAUUAGUGGUUCUGGGCAGAUACAGCUGAUUGGUUCAUUUAGUAAUCAGCCUUCCAUGAUGACCAUCAAUAACCUCGAUGGAUCUCAGAUAAUACUGAAAGGCAAUGGUCAGCAAACACCUGCAAACAUGAGCAGUGGCCUCUUGGUUCACAGACAAACUCCAAAUGGGAACUCACUGUUCAGUAACUCAAGUUCAAGUCCUGUAGCACAACCUGUAACUGUUCCAUUUAACAGCACAAAUUUUCAGACUUCAUUGCCUGUCCAUAAUAUCAUCAUUCAAAGGGGUUUGGCGCCAAACUCAAACAAAGUUCCUGUUAAUAUCCAACCAAAGCCUGUUCAGAUGGGUCAGCAGACUGCUUACAAUGUGAAUAACUUGGGAAUACAGCAACAUCAUGUACAGCAAGGGAUUCCAUUCGCUUCUGCAAACUCACCUCAAAGUUCAGUAGUUGGUCCUCAUAUGUCUGUUAAUAUUGUUAAUCAACAACAAAAUACAAGAAAAUCAGUUACACCUCAGACAGUUAGCAAUGCUGGAGGUAGUAUUGUUAUCCAUUCUCCUAUGGGACAGCCUCAUGCACCUCAAAACCAGUUUCUCAUACCUACAAGUUUGUCUGUUAAUUCAAAUUCAGUUCCUCAUGUCCAGGCCAUAAAUGGACAACUUCUUCAGACUCAGCCUUCCCAGCUGGUUCCUGGCCAAGUGUCUGCUGAGCAUGUAAUGCUCAACAGGAACUCUACAAACAUGCUGAGAGCCAACCAGUCGUAUUCAGGACAGAUGCUGAAUAAUCAGAACACAGCUGUUCAGCUUGUUUCAGGCCAGACAUUCACAGCUCCUGGAAACCAAGUUAUAGUAAAUCAUGGAACUUCCCAAAUUGUUGGUGGACAGGUGCCACUGCAGCAGGCGUCACCAACGGUGUUGCAUUUGUCACCGAGCCAAGCUAAUGUUUCUCAAGGCAGAUCGAGUUUUACCACCAUGUCACCUGGGCAGUCCACAGUCUCAAAUAUGUCAGCUUCUGGUCGAUUUGCUGCUGCGAGUUCUUCUGGUUCAGUGCACCCCAGCUUGGGAGCAUCCGUUCAGUCUGUCGCAUCGGGAGGGAACUUUACAGGAGAUCAGCUGGUCCAGAACAGAGCUCAAGCUGCCGUCAGUGCAUCGCAUCGUCUUCCAGCAUCCUCCUCCAAGUCUGUCAGCACCUUUAGUCACACGUCUGUGGGAGUAACACAACAACAGUUUGCCUUUGGUCAGAAAAAGGCCGUGAACCAGACAUCACCAGUUUCUGCAUCGAAGACACAGGACAAUUUGAGACAGCCUCAGCUAACAAGUCUUCUGAGCAACACACUAUCAGGACAGGACUCUGGAGGAAAAAUCAUACAACAAUCUCUAGGAGCAGCACAGCCACAAGAAAAAGUGAUAGGAUCGUCAACAGUUCAGCAGAGUAUACAGGUUGAUGGUCAUUUAGUUGGACAGAAAAGGCCUGCUGCUAAACAGUUAACUAAAGGAGCUUUUAUUCUGCAGCAAUUACAGAAGGAUCAGGUACAUGCUGUGACACCAGAUAAAAGUCGGUUCAGAUCAUUAAAUGAUGCCGUUCAAAGACUCCUUUCAUACCAUGUGUGCCAGGGAUCACUGCCAACAGAAGAAGAUUUAAGAAAAGUGGACAGUGAAUUUGAAUCUGUAGCUACACAGCUUCUGAAGAGGACACAGGCUAUGCUGAACAAAUACAGAUGUUUGCUUAUAGAAGAUGCAAUGCGGAUAAAUCCCUCUGCAGAAAUGGUUAUGAUUGAUAGGAUGUUUAACCAAGAGGAAAGAGCAUCUCUGACCCGGGAAAAGCGUCUUGCACUUGUGGAUCCUGAUGGUUAUCAGGCCGAUUUUUGUUGUUCUGCCAAGCAAUUUGAGAAAACAGCUGAAGAAGCACAGUCCAGCAAAAGUGACCAUCAGUCUAGCAAAACAUUACCUUCUCGAAGUCAAGCUACCAAAACCCAAGCCAGAGACCGACCAAAAUCCAGCACAGCAGAGUCCACAAAUCACAGUAAACUUCCUAUAGUGCCUAACAACAUUCUGACACCACAAGAAGGAAAAGCUUCUACUAAAAAAUCCGAGAGCCUCACUAAAGCUUUAAAGUUUGAAAAAGCUAAUUGUUCUUCUGAGAGCCAAUAUGUGGCCCUUUCUGAAGAAAGGAUGAGUGGGAAAGAUCUUGCCAAGCCCACUGAGAAUUCUUUGAGUUCUGAAGACUUGUCAAAAAUAGUGUCAAGAGGCAGUCAUGGAACACACAAUAAAAUAUCAAGGAAUGCAGUUCAGUCUUUCUCAAAGGUAACGUGUAAUAAUUCACUUCAAGACAACACUCUGAGGAGCUCUCCAAAGAAUGAGGUUUUGCAUCCUGAUAACAGGAAAGGCUCUGGUGAACCCCAGGAAGACUUACUGCUCAGUAAGAGUUUAGAAACUACAUUUAAAAACAUCUUGGAACUUAAAAAAGCUGGGAGGCAGCCACAAAAUGAAGCGGCAAGUAGUGGCUCAGUUGAAUUAGAGUUCCCUAAUUUUUCACCUAUUGCUUCACAAGAGAACUGCCUGGAAAAAUUUAUUCCAGACCACAGUGAAAGUGUUGUAGAAACUGACUCUAUUUUAGAAGCAGCUGUAAAUAGUAUCUUAGAGUGUUAAUAGUUACAGUACCAUGGACAAGUUAUGUUUCUCUUAGCAGAAGCAAAUGUGAAUGACACCACAAGUACAGCCUGACAUGCAUUUAAGGUUAACCUUUCUAAACUAGAUUCUGUUCUGUGUUUGAGAGCAAUACUCAUUGUGGUUACAGUGAGAUAUCCAAGUAAAGUUAAUCCUUGUUAGAAUGCAGUCUGUUAGGGCCUUACUGUUUCAAGUAUUAUUAUGAUAGUGCUUUUGAUUAUUGAGCAGUACUGCAAUGUAACAGGGUUGCAGGUUGUUAGGCCCUAUAUAAUAUGGUAAUAUACUGACAAUCACAGUCAUUUGAAAGGAUAUAUUUAUUAAGAUGUUUUUAAAGAGUGAUGGAAGCAACAAUUCUCCCCUACCCUUCUCUUCCACAAAUCAUCAAAUUUUUAGUUUUUCUGGAAAACCCACUGUACCUCUAUUCAGAAGUGAUUAUUUGCUUUGUUAAUGAAUCUGUAUUCUAGGAUUCUUAAGUUGGAAGGAAAUCAGCAGUGUGUUUACAAGGCUUCAUAAUUUAAACUUUAAGUGCUUUUCUAUUGCUUUCUGAGCAGAAACUAGUACUUGAUAUAUUUGUAGUGGGUAACUUUAGUCUGUGGGAUGGUAUUAUAUGAUCUUAGUCACAGUGGCAUGAUAUGAAGUAAUAAAUGCUUGACUAAGGAAGGUAGAAUGGAAGCCAGUAAAUAGCAAAGUGUACAGGAUGAGGCCAUGAUAGAGCCAUGAAUUUAUAUAUAUAAUACAUAUAUAUGUUAUCUCUUGAGGAAAAGAUUUUGCAUUUUAUAAUUGGAUGUAGUCAGCCUUGAGUCUUUCUGAAAUGGUAUAAAUUUUUGUUUGUUUGUUUGUUUUGUUUUGUUUUUAUUUUUUUGUUUGUUUUUUUUUAGACCGAGUGUCAAAAGCACUUUGAUUUGAAAACUGUAUUUGUAGCUUAUAUUUUAAGAGGAUGUUAGCCUUAUUCUGAGUAAAUUUAAAGGCCAGUGUUUAUUUUUGAUUUUGUUUUGCUUUUUGCUGUCAGAGAAUGUUAAAUCAUCCACCGUAGCAGUCAUUAUUAUCAAGAUAUGUACAGACCAAAGUUGAUCAGCAAUCCCAUUGUUUAAACAUAUCAAAAAAUGUGUAAUUAUUAAUUCAUAUUGUAAAGCCAAGUGAAACCAUUGCAUGGUUUGCAUUUGGCUUGCUGUCAUGUUGUUAAGAUAGAAUCUUAUUAUUUUAUUUAUUUAUUUUAAUCUAUGACUCUUUUUUUGCUGCCCAUGCUGCUUUGUUCAAGUUUACUUUGGUCAUGAGUGCUUUAGUGCACAUAAGCGCGCUGACAUUGGUCACGUGUGUGUAGUACAUAUGUCUGCUCAGGAGGAUACAGCUUUUGUGGUUUCUAAGAUAUGCUCAUGUUCUCCCCCAGAACUUCUCCACCAUUUCUCAGAAACAUUACCAGCCAUUUUCCAGACUUGCUGAUUAUGAUUUUCAUUAUGUAAGAGGCUCGUUGUGACAAGCUGUGGUUGUCAGUGAGAUUGACAGGAGAGAAACCAAAAGGUUUUGCUGGUGUGUAAUUCAGUCCAUCUCAAUGGCAUGGAAGGAAGCUGAAUUAGAUCCUUGGGAUAGUAGAACAUUACAGUGCAGCUCAGUACUGAGCUACAGUCCACUGUCUGACCACUAAAGGAAACCAAAUCUAGAAAGCAAUGAGAGAAAGAUGAACUUCCUUAAAAUUCAUUUCCCCUUCAACAUGAAUGGAAAUACUGGUUUUAUAUGUUACUAAUUGCCAUUUUAAAAAGUUGUGCCAAUUUUAAAGUACAUGUUUGUAAAAACCCAACAGUCCCAAGUGUUGUAUGAAAUAUUAAUAAGUAUUGCCAGUUUUAAAUUUUUAGUUGGGUGUCCACAGAAUAGACUUUCAGGCAGGUAGUUGUUUUCUUAUUGGCAAAACUGACAAGAUAGUCUUCACCUAUUGCCUUUUUAGAUUUAAUAAUAUUCUCAUGGCUGUGUAUCCUGAUGCAUAUUUUAUUUUAUCAUUUUGGAAAUUUUAUUAAUUUAUCACUCUGAACUAUUUGGGAAGGAGAGCAGUAAGUUACACAGCUGUAUGCUAGCUGGUUAAAUUUUUCUUCUAUUGAGGAAAAAAAAGGUGAAGUUGCACAUUGAUCAGUCCCCUUGCUUGUUGUACCACCUUGAAAUGGGUAUGGGGUUUUCAGCCUCUCUACAGCAAAUACAUAACUGAAGUAUCAGGUUAUGUGUCUUCUAUUGGGUCUCAUUGGGAAGGGAGGACAAUGGCAUAUAAAAAAUGACAAAUUGCAAACAGUAAUGGUGAUUGAUUUGGUCAGACACAUUUCUCUGAACUGCUGAUGAGAGGAACCCCUUGAACAAUCCUAGUAAGAUUGAUCUUAGAUUGUUAAUGUUCUGUUGUUCACUCCUUUGAAUUCAAUUUUAAAGGAAUUCUGGUACGUGGUGAAGCAGUAAAUGAAAUAAUUGUAUUUUUGUGGUGCUUAAAAGAAGUUUUAUUAAUCAUAUGGGCUCAAGUCCAGCAAAGUAUUGUGAAUAUGCAUGACUUUAAACAUGUUUUCAUUAUUUUGCUGGAUCAGCAUUGUGAUUUCAAUGUUAUUUAAUACUGCCUAAUAUUAAAACAAAAUUUAAACUGGCAAUUAAGAAAACUAUGUUCAUUUUGAAGAUUUUGGUAUAAUUUAUCUGUUAGAGUAGGGAGGCCUUACAGACUGACUUCACUUAAAGAGGAUGUGUCACUUAUUGUCAGCGUGGUAUGGACUUUAUUUGCUUAAAUACCUUCAUUUGUAAAGUAUGUCUCACUUGAAAUUGCUUUGUAUACAUUUUGUAAAAAUAUUUAUAAAAUGUUUUGUAAAAAAAAAAAGUAUAACAAAUUGCAGUUUAUUUUGUUAUGUUGGAUAAAUACUGUUAAAAGACACAAGUCAGUAAAUAUAUUGUUAAUCCAUGGAUAGGAAAUGUUUAGUUGGAGAUGACAAAUUGAAACAACCAUUGCAAUACAGCCAAAGAUUUGGGAAAAAAUG